CGGAAAGGGGCGGGACUCGGCCCGGCGGGACUGACUUAAAUCCGACCGUCUCGCAGGAGAUUUGGCGAGCGCCUCGGGAAUCGUCUCUCACUCCGGAUGCCGUCGGCUGCUGAGGAAGUUGGACUUUGUGCUCUGCGGACCGCAACAAAGCUACACUCGGCCAAGAUGGAGCCCGCCGAUCCAAAUGAGAAGCAAAACGGCCACGCCAAAAUCCACGGACCUGUGGCGGGCGUCUACCUGGAGAGGUCCAAGCAGAAGAUCAGCAUAUACGAAGCCAUGAAGAAACGUCUGCUUAAACCCGGCACAGCGUUAGCCCUGCUGGAAGCGCAGGCCGCCACAGUGGGUAUCGUAGACCCUGGGAAGAACCAAAUACUUCCAGUCGUGGAGGCCAUCAAGGAGGAACUCAUCGGACCCGAGUUGAGGGAGAAGCUUCUCUUCGCCGAGAAGGCCGUCACUGGUUUCGUGGACCCUUACACCAACCAAACCAUCUCUGUGUUCCAAGCCAUGCAAAAAGAUUUAGUGCCCAGAGAUUACGGCUUGAGAUUACUUCAAGCGCAAAUUGCCACGCGCGGCCUGUUCGACCCCAUUGAGAAGACAAACAUUCCAAUUGAGUCAGCCAUCCAGAAAGGCUACUAUGAGAAAGGGCUGCUGGAUGACCAGAUGUCCGAGUUAAAGGUUUUCUUCGCUCCUGGUGCACAACAGCACGUCAACUACCAAACGCUGAUGGAGAAAUGUAUCAAGGAACCUGACACAGGCCUGCUUCUUCUUCCCGUCUUCAUCACCUUCAAGGGGCUGAGACGAGGCAUUUCGUCCGCAGAACUCUUGGAGUCCAAGAUUAUUGACAAAGAAAUCUACGAAGACCUACAGAAGGGGACGAUCACAACCCAGCGUGUGAUGUUGAAUGAGACGGUGAAGGAAUACCUUCAGGGCAAAGGCAGCAUCGCCGGCGUUGCGAUACUCUCAUCCAAUCAGAGAUUUAGCAUCUAUGAAGCCAGGAAGCGCGGAAUACUGAUGCCUGGGACUGCGCUAGUUCUGCUGGAGGCGCAGGCCGCAACCGGAUUCAUCAUUGAUCCCGCAGAAAACAAAAAGUUCACAGUGGACGAGGCUGUGAAAAACAAGCUCAUUGGCCCGGAAUAUUACAACAAGCUGCGGUCUGCCGAACGAGCGGUGACCGGAUACAAAGACCCGUACACCGACGAAAGCAUUUCCCUCUUUCAAGCACUUUCCAAAGAUCUCAUCUUGAAGGAACACGGGAUCCGCCUACUGGAGGCGCAAAUUGCCACAGGUGGAAUCAUCGACCCCAUCCACAGCCACAGACUCCCCACGGAGGUGGCCUUCAAACGAGGCUAUUUUGACCAAGAAAUGAAUGCCAUACUUGAAGAGUCAGGAGAUGACACAAAGGGAUUCUUUGACCCAAACACAGAGGAGAAUCUCACGUAUCGUCAGCUGAUUGAAAGGUGUGUCACCGAUCCUGUCACCGGACUCUGCCUCCUCCCACUUCGAGGCAAAUCUGAUGGACUGAUGAACUACACCUUCAUUGACUACCAAACUAAGAUGGCCUUCAAACAGAAGAAGGUGAAGGUGACAUGCGGCAAGUAUGCGGGAAUGACGGUAUCUCUGUGGGAGCUGCUGAUGUCGGAAUACUUGGAUGAAGAGCAGAGGAAAUGCAUCAUACCGAAGUACAGAGAGCUCACUAUCGAGGCCAUUGUUACAACAGUUCUGGAACUCAUCGAGACGUCCGUCAAAACCACCAAGGUCAUCUUUGAAGGCAUCAGAGAAACAGUCACAGCCAAACAGCUGGUCGAGGCUGACAUCAUCAGUGAGGAGGUCCUAGAUGAUCUCAAGAAAGGGAAGAAGUCUGUGAAGGAAGUGGUUGAGGAUCAAAACUUACAUGUGUAUCUACAGGGCAAAGGCAGUAUUGCAGGUGUUCUUCUGCCUGACUCCCAGAUCCUGACCAUCUACCAAGCAAGACAGAAAGGCAAACUGAUGCCAGGAACAGCUCAUAUUUUACUCGAGGCACAGGCGGCAACAGGAUUCAUCAUUGAUCCCAUUGGAAACAGAAGGUUUUCCGUAGAUGACGCCAUCAAAGCCAAGAUUGUUGGGCCAGAUUUGUGCCAGAAGCUGCGCUCUGCAGAGAAAGCGGUGACAGGUUACAAAGACCCGUAUUACGGGAACACAAUCUCUCUGUUCCAAGCAAUGCAAAAAGACCUCAUCCUAAAGGAUCACGGAAUUCGACUCUUGGAGGCACAAAUUGCCACGGGCGGCAUUAUCGACCCGGUUAACAGCCAUCGCAUCCCUGUCCAAGUGGCCUCCAAGCGGGGGUACUUCAAUGAGGAGAUGAACGAGAUCCUGAGUGAUCCCAGCGAUGACACCAAAGGGUUUUUUGACCCCAACACUCACGAGAACCUCACCUACUUGCAACUAAUGGCCAGAUGUGUCACAGACCCCAGUACGGGACUUUGCCUCCUUCCACUUAAAGGGAAAAGCCACAAAAUCAACAUAGAUGAUACCAUGAAGGAACUGUUCAGAACAACAGUUGUUUCUGUACGGUAUGGCCGCUUCAAGGGCAAGCGCAGCACUCUUUGGGACCUCGUCAAUUCAGAGUAUCUGUCUGAGGAAAAACGACAGGAGUUCUUCAAACUCUUCAAGUCAAGGAGACUCACAAUCGAGGAAAUCAUUGAGUCAAUUGUAGUCAUCAUUGAGAGCAAGGAGAUAAAGCGGCAAGCAGAGCUAAACUUCCGAGGCCUCAGAGGGGAGGUGUCCGUUGUGGAUCUUUUGGAGCUUGAAAUAGUGGAUGAAAAAACCUACAACAACCUAAUUGAUGGAACAUUAAAAAGCGCCGACGUGUUGCAGAUGGACAGCGUGAGGGCCUACCUACAAGGGAAAAGCUGCGUUGCCGGCGUGAUACUACAGCCUUCCAAUCAGAAGCUGAGAAUCUACGAAGCACAGAAAUCUGGCAUCCUGACACCCAGCACGGCUCUUUGCCUCCUAGAAGCACAGGCGGCCACGGGGUUCAUUGUCGAUCCGUUGGCAAACAAAAAGCUCACCGUGGAACAAGCACUUCGGGAAAUGUUAAUUGGUCCUCAGAUGUAUGAAAAGCUUCUGUCUGCAGAGCGGGCUGUCACUGGCUACACCGAUCCAUACACGGGCCAAAAGAUUUCUCUUUUCCAAGCCUUGCAAAAGGAUCUCAUUGUGAAGGAGCACGGCAUUCGUUUACUUGAGGCCCAAAUUGCGACAGGUGGUAUCAUUGAUCCCUUGAAAUGCCUUCACUUACCUCUUGAUGUUGCCUACAGGAAAGGAUAUUUUGACGAAGAAUUGAAUCAAAUUCUGCUGGAUCCAAGUGACGACACAAAAGGGUUUUUUGACCCUACCACCAAAGAGAAUCUGACAUACAUGGAAAUGUUGGGCAGGUGUGUAAAAGAUAAAGAAACAGGACUGUUCCUUUUACCGAUGACCGGCCCAUCAAAAGCCUCACAAACAAACGUGAAGCUGUACACUGACGGUGAGAUAAAACAAGUGUUUGAAGAGGCAACAGUGAGCAUAUCAGCAGGACGCUAUGCAGGGAAAUCAAUUUCUCUGUGGGACUCGAUCCACUCUGGCUACUUCACCGAAGACCAUUGUCUCGAACUGAUUGAAAACUUUAGAACAGGAAAGGUCACCACACACAUGAUCAUCACCAUAGUAAUCUCUACAAUUGAAAAACUGGAGAAGAGUGAAGCGCCCAAAAUGAUAAUGGGCCUGAGAAAGCUUGUCUCUGCCAAACAACUGCUGGACUCUGGCAUUAUUGACAGUGACACAUUCAAACAGGUGCAGGAAGACAAAUUGACUUUGGAAAAAGUCAUUCAACGUGAGUGCGUGCAACAAUACCUGAAUGGAAGCAGCAGCAUUGCUGGAGUUAAAGUGUAUCCAUCACAGACAGUUCUGAGCAUCUACGGUGCAAAAACCGAAGGUAUGUUGACAGAGGGCAUUGCACUUUUACUGCUCGAAGCGCAGGCUUCAACAGGAUGGAUCAUUGAUCCUCUCGAAAACAAGUUCUACACUGUCGAUGAGGCCGCAAAAGAGGAGGUCAUUGGGCCAGAUGUGCGUGAGCAGCUUCUGUUGGCUGAGCGAGCCAUCACUGGCUAUAAAGACCCCUACACAGACUCAACAAUAUCACUGUUUGAGGCUAUGAAUGAGCAGCUGAUGCCGAGAAGUGACGCCAUUCGUCUUCUUCAAGCACAAAUAGCAACGGGCGGAAUUGUAGACCCAAACAGGAGUCACAGGCUACAUGUUAAUGUCGCAGUCAAAAGGGGACUUCUGGACGACCAACUCAGAAUCCUUCUGCUGAACCCCCCUGAAAAUUUAAAGGGAUACUUUGACCCGAACACGAAAGAAAAACUCUCCUACCUCGAGCUAAUGGACAGAUGUGAAACAGAUCCUGAAACGGGGCUGCUUCUUGUACCACUACAUGAGGAGAAAUCCAAUGUUUUUCACACAAAGGAACAAAUAGAGCUUGAGUUGAAAAACAAAAUAAUUGUCAUGAGUGUGGGGAAAUUCAAGAGCAAAGAUGUGACCUUGUGGGAAGUGUUGCUGUCUGAAUACAUAUCCCAGCAGAAAAGGGAGCAGCUCAUACAACAAUACAAGACCGGCACCAUAACAGUUGAAGACUUAAGUGAAAUACUAACAGUCAUCAUUACAGAGGUGUCGUCCAAAGAAAGAAAGUUCCAAGGACUGAGGAAGCAGGUCUCAGCAAGUCAGCUGUUUGAAUCCAAGAUCAUCUCGAAGGAGCUUUUCACGCAAAUUAUACAAGGGGAAGUGACUGUAGACAGUGUUAACAAAAUGGAAUCCAUACAAAGGUAUCUUGGGGCGACAAACUGCAUAGCCGGUGUCAGAGUUGAGUCUACAAAGAAGGUCAUGAGCAUCUAUGAAGCAAGGUCCAGAUGUCUGCUAACUCCUGGGACAUCUCUUGUGCUCCUAGAAGCCCAAGCUGCCACUGGCUUUGUUAUUGACCCAGUCAACAACAAGAAACUUUCAGUAGAAGAAGCUGUGGCUCAGCGAUUGGUUGGCAGUGAGUGGAAAAAGAAGCUGCUCUCAGCAGAACGAGCUGUCACAGGAUACAUAGACCCCUACACAGGUGAGACAAUUUCCUUAUUCCAGGCCUUGAUAAAGGAUCUCAUAGUCAAAGAGCAUGGAAUUCGUCUUCUUGAGGCUCAAAUUGCCACAGGAGGCAUCAUUGACCCAGUAUUCAGUCACAGAGUGCCCGUGCAGGUGGCUUACCGAAGAGGCUACUUUGAUGAGGAAAUGAACCAGAUUUUGUCUGACCCAGAUGACGACACCAAGGGCUUUUUUGAUCCCAACACACAAGAGAACCUCACUUAUCUCCAGCUUAUAGAGAGGUGUGUCACUGACCCAAACACAGGCCUCAACUUACUAUCCAUUGUGAAGAAAGGGGAGUUCUAUUUCUAUGUUGAUGAGGCCACAAAACUCACCCUGAAAUCAAAGACAACCACCAGAGCAGGCGGGAAGUAUCACGGAACAACGGUGUCCCUGUGGGAUCUGCUCUACUCUCGAUACAUCACUGAGGAGAAGAGGCGAGAGCUUGUGCAACAGUACAAAUCUGGAGCCAUCACGAUUGAACGCUUUUUGGAGAUCAUCUUGAUUAUCACUCAGCAGCAGACCACCACCACCACAACCUCAUCGGUCAUCACAUGUCAAACACCAGAAACAAAGGUUGACAGCAGCACCGCGGAGACCACCAUCACUACCACAGUCACAGAGACCGGAAGCUUCCAUGGUAUUAGGAAGGAUGUCAGUGCUACGGAGUUGCUUCAAUCCAAAAUCAUCACUGAAGACCUCUACGAAGAUCUCAACGCAGGAACAAUCACAGUAAAGGAAGUGAGUGAAAUGGACUCGGUCCGCAGGUACCUGGAAGGGACCAACUGCAUUGCAGGUGUGUACUUGCAGUCCACAAAAGAGACGCUGAGCAUUUAUGAAGCAAAGUCCAGAGGCCUGCUGACUCCUGGGACGUCCCUUGUGCUCCUGGAGGCCCAAGCUGCCACCGGCUUUGUCAUGGACCCAGUCAACAACAAUAAACUUUCAGUCGAAGAAGCUGUGGCUCUGAGAGUGGUUGGCAGCGAGUGGCAAAAGAAGCUGCUCUCAGCAGAACGAGCUGUCACGGGAUACAGAGACCCUUACACCGAAAAAGCAAUAUCUCUGUUCCAGGCCCUGAAAAAAGACCUGAUCGUCAAAGAGCAUGGGAUUCGUCUUCUUGAGGCUCAAAUUGCCACAGGAGGCAUCAUUGACCCGGUAUUCAGUCACAGAGUGCCCGUGCAGGUGGCUUACCGAAGAGGCUACUUUGAUGAGGAAAUGAACCAGAUUUUGUCCGACCCAGAUGACGACACCAAGGGCUUUUUUGAUCCCAACACACAAGAGAACCUCACCUAUCUCCAACUGGUCGAGAGGUGCAUCACAGAUCCCGUCACUGGACUUAGUUUGUUAGUUAUUGUGAAGAAAGGGGAGUUCUAUUUCUAUGUUGAUGAGGCCACAAAACUCACCCUGAAAUCAAAGACAACCACCAGAGCAGGCGGGAAGUAUCACGGAACAACGGUGUCGCUGUGGGAUCUGCUCUACUCUCGAUACAUCACUGAGGAGAAGAGGCGAGAGCUUGUGCAACAGUACAAAUCUGGAGCCAUCACGAUUGAACGCUUUUUGGAGAUCAUCUUGAUUAUCACUCAGCAGCAGACCACCACCACCACAACCUCAUCGGUCAUCACAUGUCAAACACCAGAAACAAAGGUUGACAGCAGCACCGCGGAGACCACCAUCACUACCGCAGUCACAGAGACCGGAAGCUUCCAUGGUAUUAGGAAGGAUGUCAGUGCUACGGAGUUGCUUCAAUCCAAAAUCAUCACUGAAGACCUCUACGAAGAUCUCAACGCAGGAACAAUCACAGUAAAGGAAGUGAGUGAAAUGGACUCGGUCCGCAGGUACCUGGAAGGGACCAACUGCAUUGCAGGUGUGUACUUGCAGUCCACAAAAGAGACGCUGAGCAUUUAUGAAGCAAAGUCCAGAGGCCUGCUGACUCCUGGGACGUCCCUUGUGCUCCUGGAGGCCCAAGCUGCCACCGGCUUUGUCAUGGACCCAGUCAACAACAAGAAACUUUCAGUCGAAGAAGCUGUGGCUCUGAGAGUGGUUGGCAGCGAGUGGCAAAAGAAGCUGCUCUCAGCAGAACGAGCUGUCACGGGAUACAGAGACCCUUACACCGAAAAAGCAAUAUCUCUGUUCCAGGCCCUGAAAAAAGACCUGAUCGUCAAAGAGCAUGGGAUUCGUCUUCUUGAGGCUCAAAUUGCCACAGGAGGCAUCAUUGACCCGGUAUUCAGUCACAGAGUGCCCGUGCAGGUGGCUUACCGAAGAGGCUACUUUGAUGAGGAAAUGAACCAGAUUUUGUCCGACCCAGAUGACGACACCAAGGGCUUUUUUGAUCCCAACACACAAGAGAACCUCACCUAUCUCCAACUGGUCGAGAGGUGCAUCACAGAUCCCGUCACUGGACUUAGUUUGUUAGUUAUUGUGAAGAAAGGGGAGUUCUAUUUCUAUGUUGAUGAGGCCACAAAACUCACCCUGAAAUCAAAGACAACCACCAGAGCAGGCGGGAAGUAUCACGGGACAACGGUGUCCCUCUGGGAUCUGCUCUACUCUCGAUACAUCACUGAGGAGAAGAGGCGAGAGCUUGUGCAACAGUACAAAUCUGGAGCCAUCACGAUUGAACGCUUUUUGGAGAUCAUCUUGAUUAUCACUCAGCAGCAGACCACCACCACCACAACCUCAUCGGUCAUCACAUGUCAAACACCAGAAACAAAGGUUGACAGCAGCACCGCGGAGACCACCAUCACUACCGCAGUCACAGAGACCGGAAGCUUCCAUGGUAUUAGGAAGGAUGUCAGUGCUACGGAGUUGCUUCAAUCCAAAAUCAUCACUGAAGACCUCUACGAAGAUCUCAACGCAGGAACAAUCACAGUAAAGGAAGUGAGUGAAAUGGACUCGGUCCGCAGGUACCUGGAAGGGACCAACUGCAUUGCAGGUGUGUACUUGCAGUCCACAAAAGAGACGCUGAGCAUUUAUGAAGCAAAGUCCAGAGGCCUGCUGACUCCUGGGACGUCCCUUGUGCUCCUGGAGGCCCAAGCUGCCACCGGCUUUGUCAUGGACCCAGUCAACAACAAGAAACUUUCAGUCGAAGAAGCUGUGGCUCUGAGAGUGGUUGGCAGCGAGUGGCAAAAGAAGCUGCUCUCAGCAGAACGAGCUGUCACGGGAUACAGAGACCCUUACACCGAAAAAGCAAUAUCUCUGUUCCAGGCCCUGAAAAAAGACCUGAUCGUCAAAGAGCAUGGGAUUCGUCUUCUUGAGGCUCAAAUUGCCACAGGAGGCAUCAUUGACCCGGUAUUCAGUCACAGAGUGCCCGUGCAGGUGGCUUACCGAAGAGGCUACUUUGAUGAGGAAAUGAACCAGAUUUUGUCCGACCCAGAUGACGACACCAAGGGCUUUUUUGAUCCCAACACACAAGAGAACCUCACCUAUCUCCAACUGGUCGAGAGGUGCAUCACAGAUCCCGUCACUGGACUUAGUUUGUUAGUUAUUGUGAAGAAAGGGGAGUUCUAUUUCUAUGUUGAUGAGGCCACAAAACUCACGCUGAAAUCAAAGACAACCACCAGAGCAGGCGGGAAGUAUCACGGAACAACGGUGUCCCUGUGGGAUCUGCUCUACUCUCGAUACAUCACUGAGGAGAAGAGGCGAGAGCUUGUGCAACAGUACAAAUCUGGAGCCAUCACGAUUGAACGCUUUUUGGAGAUCAUCUUGAUUAUCACUCAGCAGCAGACCACCACCACCACAACCUCAUCGGUCAUCACAUGUCAAACACCAGAAACAAAGGUUGACAGCAGCACCGCGGAGACCACCAUCACUACCGCAGUCACAGAGACCGGAAGCUUCCAUGGUAUUAGGAAGGAUGUCAGUGCUACGGAGUUGCUUCAAUCCAAAAUCAUCACUGAAGACCUCUACGAAGAUCUCAACGCAGGAACAAUCACAGUAAAGGAAGUGAGUGAAAUGGACUCGGUCCGCAGGUACCUGGAAGGGACCAACUGCAUUGCAGGUGUGUACUUGCAGUCCACAAAAGAGACGCUGAGCAUUUAUGAAGCAAAGUCCAGAGGCCUGCUGACUCCUGGGACGUCCCUUGUGCUCCUGGAGGCCCAAGCUGCCACCGGCUUUGUCAUGGACCCAGUCAACAACAAGAAACUUUCAGUCGAAGAAGCUGUGGCUCUGAGAGUGGUUGGCAGCGAGUGGCAAAAGAAGCUGCUCUCAGCAGAACGAGCUGUCACAGGAUACAGAGACCCUUACACCGAAAAAGCAAUAUCUCUGUUCCAGGCCCUGAAAAAAGACCUGAUCGUCAAAGAGCAUGGGAUUCGUCUUCUUGAGGCUCAAAUUGCCACAGGAGGCAUCAUUGACCCAGUAUUCAGUCACAGAGUGCCCGUGCAGGUGGCUUACCGAAGAGGCUACUUUGAUGAGGAAAUGAACCAGAUUUUGUCCGACCCAGAUGACGACACCAAGGGCUUUUUUGAUCCCAACACACAAGAGAACCUCACCUAUCUCCAACUGGUCGAGAGGUGCAUCACAGAUCCCGUCACUGGACUUAGUUUGUUAGUUAUUGUGAAGAAAGGGGAGUUCUAUUUCUAUGUUGAUGAGGCCACAAAACUCACCCUGAAAUCAAAGACAACCACCAGAGCAGGCGGGAAGUAUCACGGAACAACGGUGUCCCUGUGGGAUCUGCUCUACUCUCGAUACAUCACUGAGGAGAAGAGGCGAGAGCUUGUGCAACAGUACAAAUCUGGAGCCAUCACGAUUGAACGCUUUUUGGAGAUCAUCUUGAUUAUCACUCAGCAGCAGACCACCACCACCACAACCUCAUCGGUCAUCACAUGUCAAACACCAGAAACAAAGGUUGACAGCAGCACCGCGGAGACCACCAUCACUACCGCAGUCACAGAGACCGGAAGCUUCCAUGGUAUUAGGAAGGAUGUCAGUGCUACGGAGUUGCUUCAAUCCAAAAUCAUCACUGAAGACCUCUACGAAGAUCUCAACGCAGGAACAAUCACAGUAAAGGAAGUGAGUGAAAUGGACUCGGUCCGCAGGUACCUGGAAGGGACCAACUGCAUUGCAGGUGUGUACUUGCAGUCCACAAAAGAGACGCUGAGCAUUUAUGAAGCAAAGUCCAGAGGCCUGCUGACUCCUGGGACGUCCCUUGUGCUCCUGGAGGCCCAAGCUGCCACCGGCUUUGUCAUGGACCCAGUCAACAACAAGAAACUUUCAGUCGAAGAAGCUGUGGCUCUGAGAGUGGUUGGCAGCGAGUGGCAAAAGAAGCUGCUCUCAGCAGAACGAGCUGUCACAGGAUACAGAGACCCUUACACCGAAAAAGCAAUAUCUCUGUUCCAGGCCCUGAAAAAAGACCUGAUCGUCAAAGAGCAUGGGAUUCGUCUUCUUGAGGCUCAAAUUGCCACAGGAGGCAUCAUUGACCCAGUAUUCAGUCACAGAGUGCCCGUGCAGGUGGCUUACCGAAGAGGCUACUUUGAUGAGGAAAUGAACCAGAUUUUGUCCGACCCAGAUGACGACACCAAGGGCUUUUUUGAUCCCAACACACAAGAGAACCUCACCUAUCUCCAACUGGUCGAGAGGUGCAUCACAGAUCCCGUCACUGGACUUAGUUUGUUAGUUAUUGUGAAGAAAGGGGAGUUCUAUUUCUAUGUUGAUGAGGCCACAAAACUCACCCUGAAAUCAAAGACAACCACCAGAGCAGGCGGGAAGUAUCACGGAACAACGGUGUCCCUCUGGGAUCUGCUCUACUCUCGAUACAUCACUGAGGAGAAGAGGCGAGAGCUUGUGCAACAGUACAAAUCUGGAGCCAUCACGAUUGAACGCUUUUUGGAGAUCAUCUUGAUUAUCACUCAGCAGCAGACCACCACCACCACAACCUCAUCGGUCAUCACAUGUCAAACACCAGAAACAAAGGUUGACAGCAGCACCGCGGAGACCACCAUCACUACCGCAGUCACAGAGACCGGAAGCUUCCAUGGUAUUAGGAAGGAUGUCAGUGCUACGGAGUUGCUUCAAUCCAAAAUCAUCACUGAAGACCUCUACGAAGAUCUCAACGCAGGAACAAUCACAGUAAAGGAAGUGAGUGAAAUGGACUCGGUCCGCAGGUACCUGGAAGGGACCAACUGCAUUGCAGGUGUGUACUUGCAGUCCACAAAAGAGACGCUGAGCAUUUAUGAAGCAAAGUCCAGAGGCCUGCUGACUCCUGGGACGUCCCUUGUGCUCCUGGAGGCCCAAGCUGCCACCGGCUUUGUCAUGGACCCAGUCAACAACAAGAAACUUUCAGUCGAAGAAGCUGUGGCUCUGAGAGUGGUUGGCAGCGAGUGGCAAAAGAAGCUGCUCUCAGCAGAACGAGCUGUCACGGGAUACAGAGACCCUUACACCGAAAAAGCAAUAUCUCUGUUCCAGGCCCUGAAAAAAGACCUGAUCGUCAAAGAGCAUGGGAUUCGUCUUCUUGAGGCUCAAAUUGCCACAGGAGGCAUCAUUGACCCGGUAUUCAGUCACAGAGUGCCCGUGCAGGUGGCUUACCGAAGAGGCUACUUUGAUGAGGAAAUGAACCAGAUUUUGUCCGACCCAGAUGACGACACCAAGGGCUUUUUUGAUCCCAACACACAAGAGAACCUCACCUAUCUCCAACUGGUCGAGAGGUGCAUCACAGAUCCCGUCACUGGACUUAGUUUGUUAGUUAUUGUGAAGAAAGGGGAGUUCUAUUUCUAUGUUGAUGAGGCCACAAAACUCACGCUGAAAUCAAAGACAACCACCAGAGCAGGCGGGAAGUAUCACGGAACAACGGUGUCCCUGUGGGAUCUGCUCUACUCUCGAUACAUCACUGAGGAGAAGAGGCGAGAGCUUGUGCAACAGUACAAAUCUGGAGCCAUCACGAUUGAACGCUUUUUGGAGAUCAUCUUGAUUAUCACUCAGCAGCAGACCACCACCACCACAACCUCAUCGGUCAUCACAUGUCAAACACCAGAAACAAAGGUUGACAGCAGCACCGCGGAGACCACCAUCACUACCGCAGUCACAGAGACCGGAAGCUUCCAUGGUAUUAGGAAGGAUGUCAGUGCUACGGAGUUGCUUCAAUCCAAAAUCAUCACUGAAGACCUCUACGAAGAUCUCAACGCAGGAACAAUCACAGUAAAGGAAGUGAGUGAAAUGGACUCGGUCCGCAGGUACCUGGAAGGGACCAACUGCAUUGCAGGUGUGUACUUGCAGUCCACAAAAGAGACGCUGAGCAUUUAUGAAGCAAAGUCCAGAGGCCUGCUGACUCCUGGGACGUCCCUUGUGCUCCUGGAGGCCCAAGCUGCCACCGGCUUUGUCAUGGACCCAGUCAACAACAAGAAACUUUCAGUCGAAGAAGCUGUGGCUCUGAGAGUGGUUGGCAGCGAGUGGCAAAAGAAGCUGCUCUCAGCAGAACGAGCUGUCACAGGAUACAGAGACCCUUACACCGAAAAAGCAAUAUCUCUGUUCCAGGCCCUGAAAAAAGACCUGAUCGUCAAAGAGCAUGGGAUUCGUCUUCUUGAGGCUCAAAUUGCCACAGGAGGCAUCAUUGACCCAGUAUUCAGUCACAGAGUGCCCGUGCAGGUGGCUUACCGAAGAGGCUACUUUGAUGAGGAAAUGAACCAGAUUUUGUCCGACCCAGAUGACGACACCAAGGGCUUUUUUGAUCCCAACACACAAGAGAACCUCACCUAUCUCCAACUGGUCGAGAGGUGCAUCACAGAUCCCGUCACUGGACUUAGUUUGUUAGUUAUUGUGAAGAAAGGGGAGUUCUAUUUCUAUGUUGAUGAGGCCACAAAACUCACCCUGAAAUCAAAGACAACCACCAGAGCAGGCGGGAAGUAUCACGGAACAACGGUGUCCCUGUGGGAUCUGCUCUACUCUCGAUACAUCACUGAGGAGAAGAGGCGAGAGCUUGUGCAACAGUACAAAUCUGGAGCCAUCACGAUUGAACGCUUUUUGGAGAUCAUCUUGAUUAUCACUCAGCAGCAGACCACCACCACCACAACCUCAUCGGUCAUCACAUGUCAAACACCAGAAACAAAGGUUGACAGCAGCACCGCGGAGACCACCAUCACUACCGCAGUCACAGAGACCGGAAGCUUCCAUGGUAUUAGGAAGGAUGUCAGUGCUACGGAGUUGCUUCAAUCCAAAAUCAUCACUGAAGACCUCUACGAAGAUCUCAACGCAGGAACAAUCACAGUAAAGGAAGUGAGUGAAAUGGACUCGGUCCGCAGGUACCUGGAAGGGACCAACUGCAUUGCAGGUGUGUACUUGCAGUCCACAAAAGAGACGCUGAGCAUUUAUGAAGCAAAGUCCAGAGGCCUGCUGACUCCUGGGACGUCCCUUGUGCUCCUGGAGGCCCAAGCUGCCACCGGCUUUGUCAUGGACCCAGUCAACAACAAGAAACUUUCAGUCGAAGAAGCUGUGGCUCUGAGAGUGGUUGGCAGCGAGUGGCAAAAGAAGCUGCUCUCAGCAGAACGAGCUGUCACAGGAUACAGAGACCCUUACACCGAAAAAGCAAUAUCUCUGUUCCAGGCCCUGAAAAAAGACCUGAUCGUCAAAGAGCAUGGGAUUCGUCUUCUUGAGGCUCAAAUUGCCACAGGAGGCAUCAUUGACCCAGUAUUCAGUCACAGAGUGCCCGUGCAGGUGGCUUACCGAAGAGGCUACUUUGAUGAGGAAAUGAACCAGAUUUUGUCCGACCCAGAUGACGACACCAAGGGCUUUUUUGAUCCCAACACACAAGAGAACCUCACCUAUCUCCAACUGGUCGAGAGGUGCAUCACAGAUCCCGUCACUGGACUUAGUUUGUUAGUUAUUGUGAAGAAAGGGGAGUUCUAUUUCUAUGUUGAUGAGGCCACAAAACUCACCCUGAAAUCAAAGACAACCACCAGAGCAGGCGGGAAGUAUCACGGAACAACGGUGUCCCUCUGGGAUCUGCUCUACUCUCGAUACAUCACUGAGGAGAAGAGGCGAGAGCUUGUGCAACAGUACAAAUCUGGAGCCAUCACGAUUGAACGCUUUUUGGAGAUCAUCUUGAUUAUCACUCAGCAGCAGACCACCACCACCACAACCUCAUCGGUCAUCACAUGUCAAACACCAGAAACAAAGGUUGACAGCAGCACCGCGGAGACCACCAUCACUACCGCAGUCACAGAGACCGGAAGCUUCCGUGGUAUUAGGAAGGAUGUCAGUGCUACGGAGUUGCUUCAAUCCAAAAUCAUCACUGAAGACCUCUACGAAGAUCUCAACGCAGGAACAAUCACAGUAAAGGAAGUGAGUGAAAUGGACUCGGUCCGCAGGUACCUGGAAGGGACCAACUGCAUUGCAGGUGUGUACUUGCAGUCCACAAAAGAGACGCUGAGCAUUUAUGAAGCAAAGUCCAGAGGCCUGCUGAGUCCUGGGACGUCCCUUGUGCUCCUGGAGGCCCAAGCUGCCACCGGCUUUGUCAUGGACCCAGUCAACAACAAGAAACUUUCAGUCGAAGAAGCUGUGGCUCUGAGAGUGGUUGGCAGCGAGUGGCAAAAGAAGCUGCUCUCAGCAGAACGAGCUGUCACGGGAUACAGAGACCCUUACACCGAAAAAGCAGUAUCUCUGUUCCAGGCCCUGAAAAAAGACCUGAUCGUCAAAGAGCAUGGGAUUCGUCUUCUUGAGGCUCAAAUUGCCACAGGAGGCAUCGUUGACCCGGUAUUCAGUCACAGAGUGCCCGUGCAGGUGGCUUACCGAAGAGGCUACUUUGAUGAGGAAAUGAACCAGAUUUUGUCCGACCCAGAUGACGACACUAAGGGCUUUUUUGAUCCCAACACACAAGAGAACCUAACCUAUCUCCAACUGCUCGAGAGGUGCAUCACAGACCCCGUCACCGGACUAAGUUUACUACCCUUGAUCAAAAAGUGAAAAAUCUUGUUUUGAAUCAUGUUUUUGUGCUUUGCUCUAUAUCGUAAUUCGUAGACGAGAUUUUUUUUCAAUUUUUUUUUUUUUUAACUUGACCAUUUUAUUUACAUUUUUCAUGUCUUACUGAUAUUCCAGGAAAUUGUUGAGCAAGGUGCUCAAAUAUAUGCACUUGAAAUCCUUUUUAGUUCAAGCAUAAGUUUAUCGACUAUUUUGCCUCUGGUAUUAAAAAUGACCUAAUAAACUUCGGUUGUGAACACUUA